UUUUAAUAAAACUGUAUAACGCACCAAAUUCACGAAACUGAAAAAAAAACAUUUUACAAAAAAAACAGAGGAGAGAGAGAGAGAGAGAGAGAGUGAUGCUGUUGCAGCUUUAGCCAAAGAUCUCACCUUUUUUCUGCAGCUUCCUCCUCCUUCAUCAUCUUUCUCGUGUGUUUGUUCAUCAUCGUAACAAACGCUCUCCGUUCGAGACAACAAGUCUCUCCUCCUUUGUCCUCCUCCAGAUCGGAUGAAGAUGGCGACGAACGGCCGGUUCUUCACAAUGGGGAUCGUCGCAUCAUGGUACUCCUCAAACAUCGGAGUGCUGUUACUAAACAAGUACCUCCUCAGCAACUACGGGUUCAAAUACCCGAUCUUCCUCACCAUGUGCCACAUGACCGCCUGCUCCCUCCUCAGCUACGUCGCCAUCGCGUGGCUCAAGAUGGUCCCGAUGCAGACGAUCCGAUCCCGCGUCCAGUUCCUCAAGAUCUCGGCCUUGAGCCUCGUCUUCUGCGUGUCGGUGGUGUUUGGUAACGUCUCGCUGAGGUUUUUGCCGGUUUCGUUUAACCAGGCGAUCGGCGCAACGACGCCGUUUUUCACGGCCGUGUUUGCGUAUGUGAUGACGCUCAAGAGGGAGGCUUGGCUGACUUACUUCACUCUCCUCCCUGUUGUUACUGGUGUUGUUAUUGCCAGUGGGAGUGAACCAAGCUUUCACCUUUUUGGAUUCCUUAUGUGCAUUGCAGCCACAGCUUCAAGAGCACUUAAAUCAGUGCUUCAAGGGAUUUUGCUUUCUUCUGAAGGGGAGAAGCUGAACUCAAUGAAUCUCCUCCUCUACAUGGCUCCAAUAGCUGUGGUGUUCCUUCUGCCUGCUACUCUUAUCAUGGAGAAAAAUGUCGUCGGCAUUACAAUUGCACUUGCAAGAGAUGAUUUCAGAAUCGUUUGGUAUCUGCUAUUCAACUCAGCGCUUGCCUAUUUCGUAAACUUGACAAACUUCUUGGUCACGAAACACACUAGCGCCCUCACUCUGCAGGUGCUAGGAAACGCCAAAGGAGCAGUGGCAGUGGUAGUCUCCAUUCUAAUAUUCAAGAACCCUGUUUCAGUGACCGGAAUGCUCGGUUACUCCCUCACUGUCUGUGGAGUUAUUCUCUACAGCGAAGCCAAGAAACGGAGCAAAUGAGAACACCAAACACACACCCCAAGAAUCAUAUUCUUCAUUUUUACUUCUUAUAUAUAUGUUUUAUAAUUUUUUAUCAACACACAGGCAAGUAGUCUCUUUUGCUGUUAGAAAAAUCUUACACAGCAUAUCCCUGAUCUUGUCCUAAUGGAAAGUUGGGCCUAACGCAUGGGCAGAAAGAAACCGAAGAAGCAAAAGCAACACAAAGAUGAGUACCAAAGGCAUGGUCUAGUAGGCUGUUUUGUCUAAGAGUAACACUGAAUUAGCUUUUGUUUCUUUGAUUCUUUUGACAUUUUAGUUUGGUGAUGUCAACAUUUACAAGAAUCACCUAUUAAGUUAACUAAUCAAAAUUCAAAAGAGAGCAAGUUCCCCUUUUCU